UUUGCAGCUGCUCUUGAGAAGCUUUCUGCCAACACCACGGUCACACGUCUCGCAGAAGCUGGGCUGAGGGUACCUGGAGAAUGUGGAAACCUUGUUUAAGCAAAGCUGACCUGUAACUGAGUGGACCCUACUGACCUCUGAACCACAAAGGAUAAGAGUGAAAAGAAGCAGGAGAAGCACGCAAAGAAAAAGGAAGUGGAUGCACUUUCUUCUGGACUUCUUUCCUGCCCUUUAUUACUAAAACUGAAUGGAAAAGAGAGACUUCUGUGCCUUUCCUCCCCCAACCUCAGGGAUGGGUGGAUUGUAAAUACGGUUUGUGCAGCUGGGAGAAUAGACUGAACCAUGAAUCUACAGGCUCAGCAAAAGUCUUCAAGCAAAAGGACUGGGAAACGAACUGCCUAUUUCAAUGAGCAGGAAAUAGCUGUGUCUAAAGAACCACAGCAGCAGCUCAAGGAAGGACAGUACUAUGGUCACGGAGGGAAUAUCCAGGCCUCCCAAACUGUGGAGAUUUCUCACGCAGGAGGAUUAACAAGUGUCCCCAACAAUGUUGCUUUGAUGAACUCUGUUUACAGUCAAGAUAGGGGAGAAUCAAUGAUGAUGUCCCAGGCGGUAACAGCUGUCAAAUGGCAGAAUUCACUAAUGGGAAACCGGUUGCCAGAGAGGGGUGACAGCCACUGGCAGUCUCCACCUUCGAUGUGGAACCACAGUAUGGUUUUUGGGGGCAACCCAAAAGGACCUCACUCCAAUGCUGGUGCCCCAGGCUUCUAUGGCCACCCAGAUGCCCUUAAAAGAAAUCAAGAGAAAGGAGUGUUUGUGCAACAGCUGGACUUGUAUGGAGAUGCUGUCCAGCAGAUGAUGUCCCAGAAGGCUCAGCUGGAACAACAAGCCUUGGUUAGACAGCAAGCUCAAAUGAAUUCUUUCCAUCAGAUGCAGAAACAGCAGCAGCAGCAGAAUCAAAGUCUGCCGUUACAGCCUUUCCAACUUGCAUUUGGUCACCAAGGCCAAAAGCAGGGUCUUCCUGAACUGUUACACGUCUUUCAAGAAGCCCCAGCUUCUUCCAGUCCAGCAUUUACUGCUCAACAGAAACAGCAAGCUCUUCCCCAGCUACAACUGUUUGAAAAUUUCUAUCCUCAACAGCAGCAGCAGCAGCAGCAACAGGCUGCCACACAAGCCUUCGGGCUGCAGCAGACUACUUCCAUGGCACAGCCUCACGUGGCAGCUGCGGCACCUCAGCAUCACAUGAUGGCACACCAGUUCCAGCAAACAGAGAGGAACCAGGAACUGUUCAAGGCUCUAACUGAGCAGAACCAACAGACUGUGCUACCUCAGACCCAGAUUCCCUUUCCGAGAAGGUCACGGAGACUUUCCAAAGAAGGUGCCGUGCUGACAUCUGCAGGAGAAGCGUUGGCUUCCAAGCAGGCAGAAGAACAACCUAGCAAUUUAUUUCUGCAUCCCUGGCAAACACAUCAGCAAGAGGUCCCAUUACAGCAGCUGCCUGAAUCACUGGCUCACAAUAAAAGUAGCUUUUUGCAACCCAAGAGACUGGAUCUGGGGCAGAAGGAUGUCCUGCUCAAUAGCGAGCUGUGCCAGAUGGAAACAGAGAGGCAAGCCACAGCCCAGAAUGGUGGAGAUGGGGAGAAACAGGCAGCAGCAGCUGAAGAAAACACUGAGAGAACUAAUGAUUUUCAGGGUGUCAGAGGUGGUGUAAUCCAGAGCACACGAAGGAGACGACGUGUUUCUCAAGAAGCCAAUUUGCUAACUUUGGCUCAAAAAGCUGUUGAGCUGGCUUCUCUUCAGAAUGUAAAGGAACUGGAUACUUCAGAAGAGAAGAAGAGUGUGCUGAUAUCAGCUCCAGGACCUACAGCUGCAAAAAAUGUUGUGGAAUUCGCUGGUUCUUCACCAGCUCCAAAAAGAGCGCGGGAGGAUAACAGCCUUGUGCCUCUUAUCAUUCCUGUGUCUGUCCCAGUGAGAAAAAUUGACCUGCAGAGCCUUGGAAAGGAAAAGUCCGAGGAUGGAAAGCUCCAGAGAGGCCAAACAAAUGAUCGAACUCCUUGUGACCGCAAGCCUUCUGUGAUAGUCACUCGGAGGCGAUCUAAUCGUAAUACUAACAUGGAAACCUCAAAUCAGCAUGAAGAUGCUGUUCCAAAGGAUGAAACAGAGGGCUUCAUCCGGAAACCAAAGCAGCGGCCGAGACCUGAGCCACUCUUCAUACCACCAAAAGCCGGCACCUUUAUUGCACCACCUGUUUAUUCUAACAUUACUCCGUAUCAGAGCCACUUACGGUCACCUGUCCGUCUGGCAGAUCAUCCUUCAGAUAAGAACUUUGAGCUACCUCCUUACACUCCUCCGCCAAUCCUUAGUCCAGUGAGAGAAGGAUCUGGGCUAUACUUUAAUGCUAUCCUCUCUUCAGGUGGUCAUUCGGUUCCACCUCCAAUGACUCCUAAAAGUGCUCACAGAACUCUGCUUCGAUCAAAUAGUUCAGAAGUUACCCCUCCUGUUCUUACGGUGGUGGGGGAAGCCACCCCAGUCAGCAUUGAACCGCGAAUAAAUGUAGGAACUCGCUUUCAAGCAGAAAUCCCAUCACUCCAAGACAGAUCUCUGGCAGCAGCUGAUGAACACAAAGCAGAGCUGGUGUGGCAGCCAUGGGGAGACCUGGAAACCAACAAAGUCACCCAAGAGAAUGUGGAAAACCUUCUCGCUGCUGCCUGUUCAAGCAUUUUUCCUGGGGCUGGAACCAACCAGGAGCUGGCGCUGCAUUUCUUACAUGAAGCCAAGGGAAACAUUCUGGGAGCUUUGACCAAACUGCUGUUGAAGAGGCCAGUACGAUCACCCACCCACCCUUUGGCAGAUUAUCACUACACAGGAUCAGACAAGUGGAAAGUCGCUGAAAAAAAACUUUUCAACAAGGGCAUUGCAAUCUACAAGAAAGACUUUUUCCUGGUCCAAAAGCUUAUAAAAACCAAAACAGUGGCUCAGUGUGUGGAAUUCUACUACACGUACAAGAAACAGGUGAAAAUUGGUCGCAACGGGACCUUAAUCUUUGGGGACAUUGAUGUUGCUAAUGAGAAAUCCAUGAGAGAUGAAGCUGAAGUUGACAUCAAGAGUUCCCAUAGGUUUGCACGUGUUCUUCCUCCCAGAAGGGAUAUUUACAGUGAAGAACAGGGGCAUGUGGAGGAGGAGGAGGAAGAGGAUGAAGAAGAGGAGGAGGCAGAGGAAGGGCUGGAUAACAGAAAGAGCACGUUUCCUCUCAAAGAUGAAGAGACACUACAAGAUGAUGACGAUGAUGCCAAUAUGAGGAGUCAAGAGGCAGGUGUCACAAGCAGAAUUGGAAGGAAACCAAGGGAGGCAACGGUGAAGCCUCGAAAGCCUAUUACUGCUCCAGUGCAGAGGAGGAGGCGGAAACAGAAGAUAAAAUCAGAUGCUACCAAUAAAACUCAGAACACAGAAAACACGUUUCCAUGUAAAAAAUGUGGCAGGGUGUUCUACAAGGUGAAGAGCCGCAGCGCACACAUGAAAAGCCACGCGGAGCAGGAGAAGAAGGCAGCUGCACUGAAGCAGCAAGAGAGAGAGGCAGCAGCAGCGGCGGCGGCGGCAGCAGCAGCCCACAGCCAGGCCCGGCAGGAGGAGAGCAGCGAGAGCGGGAGCAGCAGCAGUGGGAGCAGCAGCGCCAGCUCGGAUGAAGAUGGAGAAAUAUAGCAGCAGACCAGCCGUGGAGGGAGUAGCAAGGCUGGACCCAACCUCCCUCUUGGUGGUCUCACUUGUUCUGCUUGCACUUUUCCUGCCUGACCCGUCAGGUCCCAGUUUCAGUGCUGCCGUUCCCUCGUGCCGCGUGUUCCACUUCACCUUGCUGGGACUCACCAAGCUGGAGUGGUAGAUGAAAAGAUUUCUUUCAACUUGGGUAUUUUUUUUUUUUUAAACAAAUAAGAUUUCUAUUCUAUUUAUGAUAUCUGAGGUACAUAAUAGAACAAUGUCACCUGCAGUGGAAAUAAGUUCUCUCUCGAGUCAGUCAGACCUUUCUUUUUUGUGCUUGUCAGGAAUCCCGAUAACAGAACUCUUGGAUAUAAAGAUUUCCAGACCAGAGCAAGAAAAUGAUGCUCUGCUCUGAGCUAAGUGUAUCCAGUUACUGUGACACUGGUGAUUUCUAGAUGUUUCCUUUCUCAGCAAGUUCUCCUUCCCAUUACACUUUUCCUGACUUCCUUUCUGAGCAUUUAUUCAGGCAGCCAACAAACUUUGGGGAAAGAUGGUGUGCACUUUUGGCCUCUGCUUCACAAAAAUGAAAACUGGGAUGAGCAAGACACUUCUUCCUUUUGAGAGGAAGUAUUAUUUUUCAAAAGGAAUCCUGAGGUGGUUUCUUUCAUGCCAUUAAAAAUGCAGCAAUGGCUAUAAAAAUAUCCUGCAGGAUUAGAGUAGCCACAGGCCUUGAGGGUUGUCUCAUCUUGGAAAACAAAAUAAGUCUGCCUUUGAUUACCUUAAUGGAAAGUAGUCUGGGCUUCACAAGUGCAAUUUGAAAUGAAAACUGCUGGUUUUGACUUUGCAUAAACGGGAGCAAGUUUGUUUAGUGAGAAUGAACCAAAAGCUUCUCAUGUGCUGGAUUGUGUGCACCUUGGAGGUGGGAGGAAUGGAUUCCCGUCUCCAACAGCGAUCCCUCUGUGAAUGGCUUUUCCCUCUCAACACGUCCAUUUCUUCUUGUGGGAGCCUUCACUUAUUCCUUGAAAUUGCCACCAUCAGGAGCCUCUAUGCUGGGGCCUCAGUUUCCCAAAUACUUCCUGUUGGACAGUGUGUACGUGCAGGGGCAGCUUGUCACUUAUGUCCACGCUGGUGGCUGUCCAGCCUGCUGGCUUCUCCUGCUGUGAGCCUUGCCCUCUGCUGAAAGGCUGGCUCCUCCUUCAGAACUGACACAUGCUAAUAGCCCAAAAAGCCUAGCCACCAAAAGCCUGCUGGGGAAAGAGAGUCAAGAAGAAGUGGUCCAGGUGAUUUGCGCAGGAUUGUUGUGUAUAUCUCUACAGCUGACACCAUUAUUUCAUAAAGAUUGUUCCAGUGGUGCAACACCGAAUGCGUUGCCCCUGUGUUCCCAUGCAGGGGUCCUAUCAGGGUGCUGUAUGUGAAGCCCAGAAGUACAGCAUGCUGCUAGGUAAGCUGCAGGUUAGCUCUGGCAAGUGGCUCUAGCUCCAGCUUGCCCUCUUGGCAGCCUUUCCCCACCCUGUGGCUUUGUGCAGCCACGAUUGCCUGACUUUGUGAGCCGGGGAGGCUGGCUGUUGCACCAGGUCUGCUUUGACAUACAUAUGCCUUUGGAUAGAAUCUGUUUUCUUAACAGCAGAAGCAGAUACUCCUCUUGCAAAAUAAGUAGGAGUAUCACUGACACUUUUGCCUUUAAUUGUUCUAGUUUUCUGCCAAGGCUGUAUUUUUCCCUCCUAACAAAAUUCGGUUUCCUUUCAGCCUUUGGCUGGCUGUCCCACAUCUCUAGGUGCAUGGGUCUCAUUGACUAACUAGGCUGUGAAAGCAGGUGGUGUGUCAUGAGCUGUUAAAAUCAUUCAAAAACUGCAAAGAACUAAAAGCUACUAAUUUUUUAAAAUAAGCUUAAGCAAAUCAGUCUUCCUAUUGAGAGCUUUAUUUUCUUUUUGUAAAUGGGAAGAAAUGCCUGUCUGUGGUUAUCCUGGGGCCCUGUGAGAGAACAGAAGCUUCAGCACCCUGUGCCAGGGCAGGCAGUAUGUGAAGCAGCUGGACCUCGUGCUCCACCUGUAGUACUGGGAUUCAUUCCCAUAAAAAGCAACGAUGCCAUUAAGCGUAAGGUUGUGAAGGGUGUUUCUGGGAAGUUGACAAUAGUUUCCAAAUCUUGAGAACUGCAGGGCAACGGUUCAGGAAGAAGCUGGGUGUAUGAGUGUAUCUAAAAAGGAUUUAAAGUAAUACAGAUCUGGAACACCCGUGUGGCAGCAGCAGAACAGUUACUUAAGAGAGAUGGAGAAGGCCUGGAGACACAUAACAAAGAAGUGGAGAUGAAGGUGGAACUGGCACACAUUGAGAAAUGUGGCAAAAAUGAAGGGUUUUGUCUAGCUCCAGGUCUUGUUUCUGACAGUGAUCAGGAGCAGAUGCUUAGGAAAAAGCGAGGGGUAGCACGGACUAACCAGGUAUGGUUCCAGCUAGAAAAUAGGAAGCUGCACUAGAACUUGUGUGUCUCCUCCUAUAAGGCAAAUCGGCAGAGAGGUUUGUACCAAAACGUGCUGUUCCCCUUAUGGGCAGAGAGUCAGGACAUUUCUCUGCCUUUUACUCUUCUGCUCAGUGCAUCACCUGCAUUCACUCUAGCAUUCUUAGUGUCUGGGAGCAUGCCUGACUGCUAAUGAGCAAACAUUUAGUCACGGGCCCCAGGAGUUUUCAAGCUUCAAGUAAUUUGAGAUAUGGCAGAGCAAAUUAUGGUGACAAACAACUGAUCGGAUGGAAUGAAGUACAAAGAUAUAGGCAGCAAAUCAUGGGAUUGCUUUAAGUACCAAUUUCAGAUAUGAUGAUGAUUGAACAGGAGCAUUAUUAUAGUCUUCCAAAGACCAGAUCUCUCACUGAUUCUCCCUAUUUUAGGAAAUCAAUAUAAGAGUAACUUUUCCUCUUUUAUCAAGAAUAAGCAACUGAGGUGCUGAUAAGAAAAAAUCAGAGAUUUUCUUUAAUUGCACAAAAAUGGUGUGUGUAUGACACACAGAAUCUAGUACUAGUUGUUUCUCUCCAACACCCUGCUGCAGUAGACAUAGGAGAGAACAGGAAGCUGUGGCACAGUGAGGUCUGUCACUGGAAGAAAAUCAGAAAAGGGCUUUUUCUGAGGAUACCCUCUAGCAGCUGUGGGUUAGUGUGGCUGCCCAAAACCAGGUAAAUGUUCCAAGUAAGUGGCAUCAAAUGGUAUUGUUUCCAAGCAUGUUUGCAUAUUGCUAGUAGCCACCAGAAGAUCUCUUUUUUGCCAUGGGAAUAAGUAAAAAUGCUCCUUUGAGUGUCUUCUUUAAAAACAAAUAAAAAAAACCCAAACCUGCCGCCCAAUUGCUUACGGCAGCAGUCACGAAUUGAUCCUGCACCUGAAUUAGAUCUGCCUACUGGCAAAAGUUGGCAGAGAAUUGUUUUAAUAAAACCAACCAAUCAACCCCCAAUUGCUGUGGACAGAGCAUUUGAACUGAAUUUGUCUAAUCUGGUAUGAAUUCCGCUGCUUUUCUUAGUGGGUGAAAAAAUUACUUGAGUGGCUCCUUACUGCAGCACAGUGUUAAUUUAAGGCUGUGUUGUUCCAAUUAGAUUUAAAAAAAAAAAAGAAAAAAAAGAUUAUUUUCUAUGCUCUGUUGAUUUGUCCAUUUUACAACCCUUUGCUCGUUAUUUUCCAUCAUUUAAAGGCCUAUUUACUGAUCCUCGUUUAGUAUAAGGGUUUGCUGUUAAUGUAAGAACUUGUGAUGCAUAUCUGAUACAGAGACAGGUGUUUCGCCGUCUGGCUGCAAGAACAUCUCUGCAUUUUAAUUUAUUUGAUGUUUUUUUCCAUUUACCGAUACAGGUAACGGUAUCUGAGCGAACUCAGCUCUGUCAGUUAAAGGCCUGCAGGAUUUCAGUCAGCGGGGCAGGAGCAUGGCAUCUCACUAGCUAGGACCAGGUAGGACAGAGCUGUUCAGAGGUAGGGCAAAGAUAGAUGUGCUAAAGCUUAAAGGUCACUCAUCUGUUAAUCUGUUAGUAAUGUUAAUUACACUAGAGGUGUAAUGCAAAGUCCAAAUUAGCUAAAAAUACCCCCUGAUUUAUCAGACUGAGGCUUUUGGUCAUUUUUAUCGAUUAAAGUCAACAUUCAAAAAAGCGUUUUCUAAACCACCAAGGCUGAGUUUUCUCACUCUCAGCAAUUAGGGUCGUCUUGAUUCUCUUUCAGGCAGCAGACUGGAAAGUCCCUAAAUGUACGUGUCCUAUUUUAAAAGUGAUGGGAGUAGGGAGGGCUGUAGCCACACAAGUCCUGUCUGCCUUCAUACAAGGGCACUUUGAGUCCAGUGAUUACCUCUGCCAGAAACCUUAUUCUAAAUCAGUUUCCCACGCAGACUUCCUCCCUGUUUUAUCUCCUGCUGCACACCUGAAAGUUUAUAAAGCUUUAAAGGGAAGCAGUGGCUACAAAUCACGUUUGAUUUUUUUGUGGGGCGAGUUUCUGUGUAAAUUCCUCACUUGGGUUCAGCUGCUUCGCUCCCCCGUGCCCUCUCUCUCCUCAGGGGCCGGGCAGGCACAGGCUGAACCCCCAGCUGUCCCAGGACUUGUCUUUCCCAGACGAGGAUUCCACUGGCAGCUGAGCCUGAAAAAAAAACCCCUUAACUUCUCCAGAUUAGAAGACAACAUAUAUUUUUAUAGAAAUGUAAUUGUAUAUUUUAAAAACCAGUUUCCUGCAGCUUCUCCACAUGUAUUUUUUCCCCCCUGUAGUUCAGAUUUGAUAUAAACUUUUUUGUGUUCAUUCUUUUUAUGUUCUGUUUUUACAUUUGUAGUCAAAGCUUUGGUGUACUGUACAGGAGCAGUCAGCCUUUGUAAUUACUGUAUAAAUGCUUUAUAAUAAAGUAUAUUACUUUUAUUUUAACAAGUGAGCAGACACUUCCUUUUGUGUGUUUGCUGCCUAGGGCACCUUUUAAAAGACUGUUACAUGUUAAAAAUGUACAUAUAUAAAUAUAUUUACCUGUUGCUGUACAGUUGUGAUAGACUGGACUGAAUUUAUUUUUUGUGUGCUUUUUUUAUAAAAUAUUAAUACACUAAAGGAAAUCUUGCUGAUGUGAUUGUAAUGUACUAUGUAACUUAUUUACUUAAUAUUCUCUAUAUAUCUAAAAAACCUUUUAUUAAAUGAGAUUUAAAAA